UCUUCUUCAAUACCGACGAGGACUAUAGUGAGUUUCUUGUGAACCCCGAGGAGCUUACUUACUGCUCCUCUGUCUUUUUUACUUGUCUUCUUUCCGCAUUCUCUGUUCAGUUCCCUCUUCCGACGCCUUCCACGAUGGAGCAGCAACCACUCCAGUCGCAACCGCAGACGCAACCGCAACAAGGAGACCUGAACUGGAGGCUCAGCGCGCACCCGAUUACCCUCCUGCUCUUCCUGGGGUUUCGCAUCGGCGCCUUGUUAAUGUAUCUUUUUGGAGUCCUUUUCAUCGAUAACUUCAUCCUAGUCUUCAUUAUUACUCUCUUACUACUCUCCGCCGACUUCUACUAUCUCAAGAAUAUCGCUGGGCGCCGUCUGGUCGGGCUCCGCUGGUGGAACGAAGUUAAUACGUCGACCGGCGACUCGCACUGGGUGUUUGAGUCGUCGGACCCCAACACACGUACAAUCACAGCCACAGAUAAGCGGUUUUUCUGGCUCAGUCUGUAUCUGGCUCCUGCGUUCUGGGUUGGACUUGCCAUUCUGGCUAUCAUUAAACUGAACAGUGUGAUUUGGCUGAGUCUUGUUGCCAUCGCUCUUAUCUUGACUAUUACCAACACUGCAGCGUUCUCCCGGUGUGAUCGCUUCAGCCAGGCCUCUACUUAUGCUAACAGAGCAUUCGGUGGGGCGAUCGUGAAUAACAUCGCAGGAGGUCUGCUGGGCAGACUCUUCCGGUAACCAGGAUCGCUUUUAUGCAGAGUUUGGUUUAUAAUUUUUCCCGGAGGGUCCAGCUCCGCCUAAAAAUUUCGUUCUGUUUCAUCAAUACCCUUUGAUAUCUGAUUCGUGGUUUGGUAGUUAUAUUUAGGUUUUCUUCAUCUGGCUGUGCAAUAACGACUGUAUUAUGAGAUAUAUUGCUAAUUUUCAUUUUAAGCUUCAAGUGCAAUUCAUUAAAGGAGAUUGUUUGUAAAAGGAAACUACUAACAUGAUGUUUUCACAAAGUUAGCAGUUCACAUCACUCAUGCAGCACCUUGGGACCUUGUACCGAUAUCAUUGAAUCGUGCUUCGAAUACUAUCCCAAUAAAUCCAUUUUACUCUGAAU